AUGGAGCACAGGGCCUACAUGAGUGUGAAGGAGCUGAAGGAGGCGCUGCAGUUGAACAGCACACACUUCCUCAAUGUCUACUUUGCCAGUUCAGUGCGGGAGGAGCUGGCUGGUGCUGCCACCUGGCCAUGGGAUAAAGAAGCCCUCAGCCCCCUGGGUGGCGUGGUCCUCAAUCCAUUUUAUUAUGGCAUGCCUGGCCAUACCAACACCAUGGUCCAUGAAGUGGGCCAUGUUCUGGGGCUCUACCACGUCUUUAAAGGAGUGAGUGAGAGGGAAUCUUGUGAUGAUCCCUGCAGGGAAAUUGCACCUUCCAUGGAGACAGGAGAUCUCUGCGCUGACACAGCCCCUACCCCGAAAAGUAAACUCUGCCAUGAUCCAGAGCCUAGCAAUGACACCUGUGGCCAAGCUUAUUUCUCUGGAACCCCAUUCAACAACUAUAUGAGCUACACAGAUGAUGACUGCACUGACAGCUUCACCCCAAACCAGGUGGCUCGAAUGCACUGCUAUUUGGAUCUCGUGUAUCAGCAAUGGAGCCAGAGCAGAAAGCCCACUCCAAUCCCCAUGCCUCCAAUGGUCAUUGGUCAGGAUCAAGGCUCCCUCACAGUGUACUGGCUGCCUCCCAUUAGUGGCAUUCUCUAUGAAAGAGAGCCUGGCACCCUCUGUGGAGACUGCGCUGAAGAUGGGACUUUCAGCCAGUAUGUACAUGAGGCCUCUUCCCCUCGGGUCUGUGACUCCUCCGGCUACUGGACCCCAGAGGAGGCAGUAGGGCCUCCAGAUGUGGAUCAGCCCUGUGAGCCCAGCUUGCAAGCCUGGAGCCCAGAGCUCCACCUAUAUCAUAUGAACAUGACUGUCCCUUGCCCUCAGCCUUAUGGCUGUAUCCUGGAGCUGCAUUUCCUGCAUCCUGUUUACCCAGAUUCACUUAUGCUCUGGACCACAUACCUCUCAACGGACUCGCCCAAGGCUCUCUCCAACAUUGAAAUCUUGACGGAGCAUGGGGAAUCCAUCCCCUUGGGACCCCUGGACACCUUCUGUGACAUCCCUCUUACCAUUAAGCUCAACAUCAACAAGAAGGUAUCUGGGGUAAAGGUCUAUACCUUUGAUGAAAGAAUGGAGAUAGAUGCUGCUCUCUUAACCUCCAUGCCUCAGAGCCCUCUUUGCUCCAACUGCAAGCCUAUACGGUACCGGGUCCUCCGGGACCCACCAUUUGCUAAUGGGUCCCCCAUUGCAGGGAUACAGAUGCACCGAAAGUUCACUGACACGGAAGUCACACCAGGUGAACUGUACCGCUACCAGAUCCAGGGGGUGGCCGGGACAGCCGUGGGAGAGCCCUCACCACCAUUAAUCCACAUUCAUGGUGCUCCUUAUUGUGGAGAUGGAAAAGUGACCGUGAGCAUGGAUGAGGAAUGUGAUGAUGGGAAUCUGUUGGAUGGAGAUGGCUGCUCUAGGACAUGCAAAAAGGAAAAGGGCUUCAACUGUGUUGGAGAGCCGAGCCUGUGUUAUGUCCACGAUGGUGAUGGAGUGUGUGAGCCUUUUGAGAGAAGAAGCAGUAUCCUAGACUGUGGCCUUUACACUCCCAAAGGAUACGUGGAUCAGUGGGCAACACAGGCCUUUGCCUCCCACCAAGAUGAGAAGUCAUGCCCUGUUUCCGUAGUGACUGGAGAGCCUAUUGUGAAGGUAUGCAAAUCUCACCUUCAGGAUCUGCUGCAGAGUCACUCCCUUGCUGCUUGGUUCCCCUGCGCCCCUAGCCAAGAGGAUAUGCAGAAUGAAAAUGGAGAAAAAAUGCUCUUCGAUGAUGAGAGAGUUUGGCUCAAAGUGUGCUUUGACAGACCCGGAGUGGCUACCUCAGUCUUUGUUUUCCUGGCCUCCGAUGGCAUCAUCCCAGGUGACCAACACAAACUGACUGUGACUGUCCACCUGAGUGAUGUGAGUGGGCACAAUCACUCUCUGGGAACACAUGAGCUCUCUUGUCAGAGGAACCCAUUGGUCAUCAGUGUGACUCACAACCCAGGUUCCCUUCCCUAUCGCGUUGCCUCAGUGCUGCUCAAUUUCUCCUCCCCCUUAGUGGGUAUCUCGGCAGUUGCCAUGAGGACAUCCUCCUCCUCCAGCACUUCCAUUCCAAACACUUGUCUCCUGGAGCACGAGGGACAUGGCUGUCAGAGACACAGUGGGGAGCACAGCAGCUGCCUGCCACUGCAGCUUGAUCAUGCUGCCAUCGUGAACUGCACAUCCAGUGCCCCAGGACUUAUGAAGUGUGCUGUUACCUGUGAAAUGGGAUUUGCCCUCCAUUCCAGCAGUGGAAAGGGUUUGAGUCCCAUGCAGAAAGAGGUUCUGCUGACAUGUAACUCAGGACAGUGGGACAGAUCUGUGACCUGUGAUCCCGCUGACUGUGGAGUUCCUGACCAAUCGCUUGUGUACUAUGCUGAGUUUUCCUGCCCUGAAGGGACCACAUACCUGAAGGAAUGCUCCUUCUCCUGCAUCAAGCCAGCUAAGCUUCAAGGAAUGAGUCAAUGGCUGACCUGCCUUGAGGAUGGACUCUGGUCACUCCCAGAAGCCUACUGCAAGCUGGAAUGUGAUGCUCCUCAUGCAGUUGCCAAUGCCAAGCUGCUGGUCAGUGGAUGCCUGCAAGGGAACCAUGAUGUGGGUUCUGUCUGCCGCUAUAAGUGUAAACCCGGAUACCACGUGGCAGGGAGCAUGGCAGGCAAACCCAGGAAGAAGUUCCUGAAGAUUCAGUGCCUGGAAAGUGGAGUCUGGGAGGAAGGCACCUGCGUUCCUGUGCUGUGUGAACCACCCCCUCCUGUUUUUGAGGGGAUGUACGACUGUACCAAUGGUUUUGAGCUGGACAGCCAAUGUGUGCUCAACUGCAACCCCCAGAGUAAAAGGGUUCCCAUCCUGUGCACCAAAGAAGGCUUAUGGACAGAGGAAUUCAAACUGUGUGAGAAUCUGCAAGGGAAUUGUCCGCCACCCCCAGAGCUGAAUUUUGUGGAGUACAAGUGUGAACAAGGGUAUGGAAUUGGUGCUGUGUGUACACCAUCCUGUAUAAUCCCCCCCAGCGACCCAGUAAUCCUGCCUGAAAAUGUUACUGCUGACACUAUGGACUACCGACUGGAACCUCCCAAAAUCCAGAAUAUUGUGUGCACUGGCAGGUUGCGAUGGUAUCCAGACCCAACAGUCAUUCACUGCAUCCAGUCAUGCGAGCCUUUCCAAGCAGAUGGCUGGUGUGACACCAUCAAUAACAGGGCAUAUUGCAAGUAUGAUGGGGGUGACUGCUGCUCUUCCACACUCUCCUCCAGGAAGGUGAUCCCAUUUGCUGCUGACUGUGACCAAGAUGAGUGUACCUGCCGGGACCCAGCAGCUGAAGAGAAUCAGUAACAGCAUCACGAGUGGCCUCUGUGGGCGAGGCGAGCUUAAGAGGAAUUGAUGGGAAACAA